GUUCAAGCACUGACCCACUUUACACAGUCGUUGCAAUGAGUUUCGCCGGUAAAGUUGUGAUUGUAACAGGCGCGAGUUCGGGCCUUGGUGCCGCCACCGCCGAGGGAUUCGCCAAACGUGGCGCUAAAGUGGCGCUCGUCGGACGCAAUGUCGCCAAUUUGAAAUCCACCGAAGCAGCUUGCAAAGCAGCCAAUCCCAAUGCGGAACUACUACUCAUAGCCGCCGAUGUCACCGUGGAUGCCGAACGCAUCAUCAACUCGACAGUGGAGAAAUUCGGUCAAUUGGAUGUUUUGGUGAAUAAUGCGGGCAUUUUGGCUUACGGCAGCAUUUUGGACAUAGGCGUCGAGCAAUUUGACUCGUUAUUCAAUACGAAUGUGCGUUCCAUCUUCCUACUCACCAAAUUGGCAGCGCCGCAUCUCAUCAAGACGCAAGGUAACAUUGUGAAUGUCUCGAGUGUCGCUGGUUUGCGCACCUUCCCCAACACCUCAAGCUACUGCACCUCCAAGGCCGCAGUGGAUCAGUUCACCAGAUGCAUCGCCUUGGAUUUGGCGUCGAAGAAUGUGCGUGUGAAUGCCGUGAAUCCCGGUGUAGUGGUGACGGAUAUUCAUGCACGCAGUGGAAUGACUGAGGCGGACUAUGUGGACUACAUGCGACGUGCCAAGGAGUCGCACGCGCUCGGACGCGUCGGCAAGCCCGAAGAAGUGGCCGACACCAUUGCCUUUUUGGCCAGUUCGGAGGCGUCUUUCAUCACCGGUGCCACUGUGCCCAUUGAUGGCGGCAAGCAGGCGAUGUGUCCACGUUGAGUGCCUUUAAAUACUUACUUGAAAUACUCUUAGUAAAAAAUGUUAUAAAUUAUUUUACAAUAAAUAUUUAGUGAAUUGUUUGAUCUGUUGAAUAUAUAUUUUGAAAAUAUUGAA